AUGGACGUCCUCAACAACGCAAAGGACCUGCUGGUUGGCCAGAUCAAGGCCUUACGACCAGCUUUCAUAUCCAAGAACCCGCAUUUCAACUUCAUCUCAGCCCACUAUUUCUAUAUCAUCAGCCUCGCGCUAAUAGGAUCUGUUAUCGUUUUUGGUUCUGGCAGAGGCAACAUCGCUUAUAUCGAUGCUCUGCUCCUGGCGAGCUGCUCCAGCACCCAAGCGGGUUUGAACACGGUCGACCUCAACUUGCUCAACACCUUUCAACAAGUCGUCUUAUACUUGUGGCCGAUGAUGGCAAACCCCAUCACCAUCAACUCGUUUGUCGUCUUCCUCCGUCUGUACUGGUUCGAGAAGCGUUUCCAACACGUCGCGCGCGAAGCCCGCUUGAGGAGAGGCACUCUCUCCAAGGCCAAAACAAAGGCGAACCCCGACAAUGCCGAUGUUGAAAAAGGCGUGAAUGGCCGCAAGAUUACCGUCAUGCUCAACGGUACCCGUUCGCGCAUCACCAACGACGGCAUUCUACUUGAGGGCAACCGGCCACCGUCGGACGAGGAGCGUCUUAAUCCUAAGCCCCAGCAUCCGAACCAGCCGGGGGCGGACAGCGCUGACGAGACUCUGGAACCCCGCAAACCGGAGAUCAAGUUUGCUCACACCGUUACCAAGAGUGACGGCUUGGGCGAGGGCGCCCUCAAACUCCCCCCUGUGCGGCCUGACCGCGAGCACAUCGCCUUUGUCGAGCGCCAACGGAAGGGUGAUGACGAGGUUCUCCGUAUCCCGAACCCAAGGGACGCUGAACGAGGCAUACGCCCGAAGCGUGUCGAGGCCGGAGACGACGAGGAGCCCGAUGCCGGUCUGUCGCCAGCGGGAGCAUCUACAAUGCCCACAGACAGUGAACCCCAGACGGUUGCAGCAGCCAGCCGCCAGCAGGCCAUCACAAUCGAGGAACCUGACCGAAAUAAGCUACAGCAAUCCGACUCGGACGAUAUUGUCGAGGAUGCCAAAGCUGCUGCCCACGCCUUUUCGUUCCUCAAGCUUCGGAAGCCUCGGAUCCUGAACCGCUCAGACAACAGGCAUCACAGUACGGAAGCCGAGUCGUCCGGUACCUCCUCUAAUACCAAAACCCGCAGACAAUCAUUCCAGAAAAUUCGGACCGCCUUUUCCAGGGAAAAAGUCGAGGGUACACCGUACCUUAGCUGGGAGCCUACCAUUGCCCGUAACUCCAACUUUCCGGACCUAUCCGAAGAGCAGAGAGAGGAGCUCGGGGGCAUCGAGUACAGGUCCCUGAAAACGCUGGCCUUAGUUUUGACGGGCUACUUCUGGAUCUAUUCGGCCAUGGGCGUCAUAGGGCUGGCCCCCUGGAUCCUUAACGUGGAUAGCUACGGAGAGGUCGUUGACAAGGCCGGCAUAAGCAGGACCUGGUGGGCCUUCUUCACAUCGAGCUCGGCCUUCAUGGAUCUGGGCUUUACCCUGACCCCGGACAGCAUGAACUCGUUCAACACAGCUGUGUGGCCGUUGUUGCUGAUGAGCUUUCUCAUCGUCAUUGGCAACACCGCGUUUCCCGUCAUGCUCCGGUUCAUGAUCUGGGUCUUGUCGUACCUCACUCCCCCCGGCACUGGGCUCUACGAGGAGCUAAGGUUCCUACUCGACCACCCCCGCCGAUGCUUCACUUUGCUUUUCCCUGCCGGCGCCACUUGGUGGCUCUUUUGGCUGCUCGUAAUCAUGAACGGCCUCGACGUCAUGUUUUUUAUCGUCCUUGAUCUCCGACAAGCCCCUGUUGUCGAUUUGCCCGCCGGUCUCAAGGUCCUCAACGGCCUUUUCGAAGCCGUUGCUACCAGAACCGCAGGCUUCUCCUGCGUCAACGUCGCCGCCCUUCACCCUGCUGUCCAGUUUUCGUACAUGGUCAUGAUGUACAUCUCUGUUUUCCCGAUUUCCAUCUCCGUCCGCCGCACGAAUGUGUACGAGGAAAAGUCGCUGGGUGUCUAUCCUACCUACGAAAUCGAAGAGGGAUCGGGAAAGUCCGACUUGUCCUACGUCGGGUCCCAUUUGCGGCAGCAGCUGUCCUUCGACUUGUGGUACAUCGUUAUCGGUUUCUUCAUCAUCAACAUCGCAGAGGGCGAAAAGCUCAUGGCCAACGACUUCUCCGUGUUCGCCGUUCUCUUCGAGGUUGUCAGCGCCUACGGCACCGUCGGCAUGUCGCUGGGCCAUCCCAGUGUUAACGCGUCGCUCUGCUCACAGUUCUCUGUCCUCGGCAAGCUAGUCAUCAUCGCCAUGAUGGUCCGUGGCCGGCACCGCGGCCUGCCCUACGGGCUCGACCGCGCUAUCAUGCUCCCCAGCGAGUCGCUCAAUGCCACCGAAGCGGCCGACGCGGACGCGCGGAUGGCGAGGAUCCAGUCCCACGCCUCGGCCGCCACCGGCGCGCGGGGCUCCAGCGUGGGCCGGCGCAAGAGCAUGAGCGGCGACCGCCCCAACAUCCUCGCCUCGCUGCUGCACCCAGGCCCGGCCGUCCCCAUCAACCCGUCCAUGACCGAGAUUCACCGGACCAGGUCGACCGACCAGAACAGCGAGGAGCCCGAGUCCCACGCCACCCGCGUCAGCUCGCGCCGCACCGAGCCCGGCGCCACCCGCCGGUACGACCCUGCUUUGUACAUACACCGGCCCCGCACCUCGGCCGGGGAGGACUGA